AUGUCUGGUAAGAACAUUCCAAGCCUGGCCUGGCCCGGCCUGACGACAUCUCAGCUGACCUUCAUCUUCUCCGCAGCAGGGUACGACAGACAUAUCACUAUCUUCUCCGACCAGGGUCGACUGUACCAAGUCGAAUAUGCCUUCAAGGCUAUCACUUCGGCCAAUAUCACUUCCAUCGGCGUGAGGGGAAAGGACUGCGCUGUCGUCCUCUCCCAGAAGAAAGUUGCUGACAAACUGAUCGACCCAUCCUCCGUGUCACACAUCUUCAAGAUCUCGCCCUCUGUGGGCUGCGUUAUGACCGGUUCGAUCGCAGAUGCCCGCGCUUCGGUGGAUCGAGCUCGCGGUGAAGCGGCCGAGUUCCGAUACAAGUUUGGAUAUGAGAUGCCCUGUGAUGUUCUCGCCAAGCGAUUGGCGAAUAUCAACCAAGUCUACACACAACGAGCUUACAUGCGACCACUAGGUGUUGCAACUACUCUGAUCUCUGUCGAUGAUGAGAAAGGCCCACAACUGUACAAGUGCGACCCGGCUGGUUACUACGUUGGGUACAAGGCGACCGCCUCCGGACCCAAGCAGCAGGAGGCGCUAAAUCACCUCGAGAAGAAGCUGAAGAACAAGGAUGCCGCCCCUGGAAACUGGGAAGAAGUGGUGGAGCUGGGCAUUACAGCUCUCAGCAACGUGUUGAGUGUGGACUUUAAAAAGCAUGAGCUGGAGAUUGGCAUUGUCGGUGGACCGCAGAUCGAAGGCGAAGGCACCACUACGGAAUUCCGUGCCCUGACAGAGGAGGAGAUCGACGAACGGUUGCAGGCCAUAGCCGAGAAGGACUAA